CAUCGCCUGGCCAAUUUGGAGAUAGAGGGGCCCUAAGGGCCGACGGCAUGCACGUCACAAGAGAUGAUCCAGAGCGUGGUUCGACAGCGCCCAAUGGGAGGAAAAAGAGAGAAAGACAACUCGCCAACGAAGGGAUCCGGGAUUCUGGAGACCUGGAUGAGCUGAGUAAAAGACCAGGAUUCGGUCAAGUCUUUCGAGAUGGUGGUCAUGAAGAUGAUGGUCGAGUUCUAGGAUGGAUUCGUGAACGUGAUAUUCGUCUUUUGAAGGUUCACAUUCGCUAG